AUGGUCAUUUGUGUGGAGGAGGUGUCCGCGUCUCUUGUGCGGGAAUAUCUGAGUAGAAAGGGACUCAAGAGAACUAUUGCCUGCAUGGAUGAAGAGCAUCCACGCACACAGUCCAGUAUCAACAACAGAUCCCACUUGAGGCAAGCUCUGCACAUUGAGGACCUGUACAAGGAAAAUAAGGUUCAGAGUUCGCCCCUGAGGACUUUACUGGAAAUUAUUGUCAAGCACCACAUUGAAGGUCACAAAGCUGACAAGAUGGCCUGUCAAAAUGAAGGAAGUGAUUCCCUGCAUUCUGCUUCAACAAUCGGCUCGCAUCGUCUUUCUCCUGAAAAAUCCCCAUUGCAAAUGAAGGAAAGUAAUCCAGAACACUACACAGCGUCCUUAAUUACUGGGGAUCACAUCAAAUUAAGGUUACAGGGGAAGUUUGUGUCCCGUUCUCAAAAGGAGAUAUCGUCACUUGAUGGAGAGAGACUCAGGAACCAUAGUGAAACUCCAUCAUUGCCAUUUGCCUCAGUAUAUGAAAGUAGUCAGUCCAAGCUGGCAUCAAUGCAUGAUCACGAUCACUUUACUUUGAAUGAACCUGAAAUAAAACCCCCUGUCACUGAAGUCAUUCAAAAGAGCCGACCCAAUCGGGUAAGACGUGGUAUGAUGUCUGGACCAAUAGCAAGCACUCUUCAGGAGUCAACCAAACAAAGGCACUGUCGAAAAGUCGGUAUGCCACAGCUUAUGCUCAGAAAAGAAGAGGAGCACAGACAGUCUUGGGAUAGAAUGUCAGGGGACAGUUUACAACAAAAAGUCUUAGAGAAAUCUCUAAGCGAGGCUACAGAACCAGCACAGAGCAUGGAAAUUGAGAAAAAAAGCACAUAUUUCAGAGAAAUAGCUAAUUCCAAGACCCUUCCAAAUGUCACCGAUUUGUCUGAGAUGGUAUUAGAUGACAUUGACGAUGAGCUGCCAGAACUCUCCAAAAUGUCUAUUGAGAGCGCAGCAACCACACCAAGGAACCAUGAGAUAGGACGCCCAAUGGAUCAACACACUGCUUCGGAAUUGAAAUCAAUCCUCAUCGGCUCAGGUUUAAAAUGUUUCACUGUCGAAUGGAGAAAUCAGGGUUUCACGUUUUCUGAAAAGCAUGACCUGAGAUAUGGAAUAGUGCAGAAAAAGGGUGGUCCUUGUGGGGUCCUAGCUACCAUCCAGGCUUUCGUUUUGAAGAAACUUCUUUUUGAAAAUGUAGACUGUAGCAAUAAUACAAAACUACAGUGUUUAAGACCAACAAAUGCAACAAGAAGAAAAUGCCUGGUCUUAGCUUUGGCUGAAGUCCUAUGGAGAGCUGGUGAGGAAAAACAAGCCACAGUAGCAAUAAAUACAGGAAGAACAGUCUUUACUCCAAGUGGACACAAAUCUGAAGGAGUGCUUGAAAAGAUAAGAUAUUUUACAUUGGACCACAUUAAAGAUGUCCAGUUGCUACUGGAACAACAUAUUGAAGAGUUUGAGACAGGGGAGCUGGGAUGCCUGCUUUUGACCAUAUCUGCCAUCAUGUCUCGAUCUAUUGAUAAAUUGAAAGAGGAUAUGGAUGUGCCAACUGCCACACUCAUUGGAGCUCAUGGCUACUGUACUCAGGAACUCGUCAACCUGUUGUUAGUGGGACGUGCUGUCUCUAAUGUUUUUGACGGUGACGUUAAGCUGGACUCGGGCAAUGGCAACUCUACACUUCUUAAGGGAAUUAAAACUCAUUGUAACAUUGGUCUUCUAUCACUUUUUGAACAUUAUAACAUCUUUAAGGUUGGAGAUUAUCUAAAGAACCCUCUCUUUCCAAUCUGGGUUGUGUGCAGUGAAAGCCAUUUCAGUGUGCUGUUUGGCCUUCAGGGGGAGCUGUUAACAAAUCAGGACAAGAGCGUUGAGUUCGACCUGUACUAUUAUGACGGACUGGCCAAUCAGCAGGAAGAGAUCCGCCUAACUGUCUCAGUUGGAAAAACGGGAUUGAGUUGUCAAGAUCUUAUUCCUCCUCUGGAACUCUGCAUUCGAACACGGUGGAAAGAUGCAUUCGUAAGUUGGAAUGACACAGAACCUAUUCUGUGA